GCCCCGCCCCUCCCGCCGGCGCCCGCAGCUCCCGGGGCUCGGCGCGGGCCUGGGGAAUCGGGAGCCCGCCGCCGGGGUCGCAGCAUGGGGCGUUUUCGCGGCGGCCUGCGGUGCAUCAAGUAUCUGCUGCUCGGCUUCAACCUGCUGUUCUGGCUAGCCGGAUCAGCCGUCAUUGCAUUUGGACUAUGGUUUCGAUUUGGAGGUACCAUAAAGGAUUUAUCAUCAGAGGACAAAUCCCCAGAGUAUUUCUAUGUGGGGCUGUAUGUGCUGGUUGGAGCUGGGGCCCUCAUGAUGACUGUGGGCUUCUUCGGGUGCUGUGGAGCCAUGCGUGAGUCACAAUGUGUGCUCGGAUCAUUUUUUACCUGUCUGCUGGUGAUAUUUGCUGCUGAAGUAACCACUGGAGUAUUUGCAUUUAUAGGCAAGGAUGUAGCUAUACGACAUGUACAGACCAUGUAUGAGGAGGCCUACAGUGAUUACCUUAAAGACAGGGGAAGGGGUAAUGGAACGCUCAUUACCUUCCACUCAGCAUUUCAGUGCUGUGGAAAAGAAAGCUCUGAACAAGUCCAGCCCACGUGUCCAAAGGAGCUGCCAGGCCAUAAGAAUUGCAUCGACAAAAUUGAAUCCAUAAUCAGCGUUAAACUCCAGCUCAUUGGAAUUGUUGGUAUUGGGAUUGCGGGUCUCACGAUCUUUGGCAUGAUAUUCAGCAUGGUGCUUUGCUGUGCAAUACGGAACUCACGUGAUGUGAUUUGAGGAUACUUCAUCAUGAAAACUGUAAUCUAGAGUUUUCAUGCUACUUAUCAUAAGAGCUCUCUCGGCUCAUUUUUAAUAUUCAGGAUAUUAGAAGCUAAAAUAAUUUUCUGUCAACUGUAUAUUUUGCACAUGUAUGUAUGUCUGACUCAUUACUGAUUUGCCCCUUGAGUGAAUGUCUGUGUGUUUCUGGUAUAUGCAUUGCACAUACUGAUAUCUGUUUCCUGGAAAACCCUAGUUCUUGUAUGCAAGAAUAACCUAUUUAAUUACCAGAAAAAAGCAAUGACAGAUGUCUAAAACUCGGCUAUUCAGGAAAUAUAAUAAUGGGUCCAUUUCUCAGAUUUAGCCAUGAAAAUUAGAUACAUAAACAGAAUGCAGGAUUUCUAGUUAAUGGAAGCAAUAAGAUAUAAGAAUUAAAGGGCCAUAGAUUGACUGUGAGUUGAGUGUAAAGAUUUCUUGGAAAAUAUAUAUAUAUAUAUAUAUAUAUAUAUAUAUUCUCCCCAGAAUACAGUAAACCACAGUUUCAGAACUAAACACAUCUGUAAAAGCAAAUAUAGCAUGGAAAAAUCUAAUUUGAAAAAGUCAUGCUUUCUUAGCAUUUAAAAACAGAAAGCCUCUCUCUGGAAAGAGAGGUCACAUAGGCAAGCAUGUGCCCCAUAAAAGUGAGUGCUUUUAGGACUAAAAAUAACAACUUUUAAGGGGGAAAGGUUGUUAUACAAUGACAUGUAAAUGUUGCUGUAUCCCUCUUCUCUCCCCGGACUCUGCUUUGAACUGCUGGAAGCCUCACCUUCCCACAAGGCUUUCCCCUCCCCCUCCUCACUGCUUCUUCAGAUGUGCUAACAGAGGAAAGCAGGAACCAUGCAGCCAGUGUGAUGGUGGGGAACUCGCAGGCGCUGUACCUCUGGAAUACCUCAUGACUCAAGUUUACAUACUUUCCUAAUUUUUUCCAUUUUUUUAUUUAUCUGUGCAGAGAAUUCUUCAUAGAUUAAGAAUACAGUUUUAUCCUUUAAAAUAAAUAAAUCUCCCAUAACUCAUAUAUUAUGAGUACCCUGGCUAAACCAAGAUAUAUACCUUCUACAAUGUGUAUACACACAACAAAGGCAAGUUAAUGAAUCAAAAAUACUUUCAUGCCCAAAUAUAUUCUUUUUCAUCAAAUCCUUGUGGGAAUGAAUGCUCAGGUCCUUUGGAAGCCAGAGUGAUUGAUUUUAAGUGGAAAACCCAGCCACCACACAGCCUUUUGGCUGCAAGUGGGAAAGCCCACAGCAGGGUUUAAAUUGACAUAUUUGUCAUAAUAGAACAGCUUGUUAAAGGAUAUAAAUUUGUGGAUUCUUAAGAUUGUAUUUGACCACACAAAAUGAAGGUGUGAGGAAUUCUGGGAACCGCUAGGGUAGUGCCUGUGCCCACUCAGAACACAAGACUUUGGAAUGUGCUAGAACAAAGUGCCGUGCUUCAGGAAACUUUUACAGUGUUUUGCUGAGGACACACAACUGCUGGGACAUCUCACCCAUAGAGCGAGCGAGUCUCUCUUUUCAGAUAGUCUUGCUACUGCUACUAGCUUUGGAGAAAAAAAAAAACUGAAGGAGUUAAAAGUGUAACUGUGUAUGACUACUUUACCUACGGAGCAAAAGAGUAUUUUAAAAGAAUCACUUCAUGAUGUUUAGCCCCAGGAGUGGACAAAGGCCAGCUUUUUAGGCAAGCAAAGAGCGAUCAGUCUUUCUUAUAGCUUUAGUUUGUCUGUCUUCCGGAAGACAGAGAACAGGCUCAAGUGUGUACUCAGGGCCCUCCAGCUCAGUUAUUUCCCGUUCCUCAGAAGUGAGUUCCAUUCCCCCAGGUGAGUAAGUUAAAAGAAAACCACAGUAACUAUAGACAGAAGAAUAAAAUAAUUUUGUAAUGCAGAGGAAUAAAUCUAGAAAUCCGUGCUAUGUGUGAUGAGUGUACCUCUUUGAGGGUUAAGCUUUCCAAAGAAUGUGCUGGGUAAGCCUAGAGAAUUCCAUCUCUGAGUAAAGAUGGAUAUAUAUCUUUAUAUGAAUGGAUAAAGCUUUAUCUAUAGAGAUAUAUAACCCCUAUGUCCUGAACCUAUACAUAUCUUAAAUACAUAUCUCUUAAGGAUAAAUACAUAUGUUAUUUAAUACGCGAGUACCUGUUUGAAACUAUGGAGAUAAAUGUUUGUAUUCAUACACGUACAUGUAUAUACAUUUACAGUUAUUUCUGUUUACCUGAACUAAUUUGAGAUCAGACUCAAACAUUUUAAGUUAUUUUAAAUUAAAUUUUCUAUGUACUUAUACUGCUUGAGUUAUCUUAAAAUCCUAGUGUAUCUUCUUAGCAUGUUCUCGUGACUUAUCUAAAUGUGUUACCUACAAAUUUCCCCCAAACAAUAUAGUAAAAAUGGACUGGUAAUUCUCCAUGCCGUUACUGUGUGGUGGGUUCAAAAGCAACCCCCUAGGGUCCUAAUUACAUAUAGUUGUGUUUCAGCUAACACCAGUUCACCCAAAUUGUUCCUCCUUCCUCCAGAAAAACUUGGUUAUCUAUGGUUUAGCCUGUUGAGUUGAUCCUGGGUCCAAUGUGGUCCUCCUGUAGCAAGAGGCAUCCUUUCCCUCUGAGGAAUCUGAUCGCUGUAGCUGGGUGAGAAUGAGACCCAGAGAGAGAUGAUAGUAAUCUCAAUAAUAAUCAAUAAAGAAGUUAGCAUGUUUUCCCUUCUGAAAUAAGUUUACCAAAUAUUCAAAGGGUGUUUGCUCUCUUGUCAUUGGUGAAGGUGGUUUCUAUGGCCCAGAGGUCAGUCUCUGUACUCCCCACAGCCCAGCUUUCCAGGCCCCAUUGGCAUGCUCCUGAACACCAAGCCCAUUUCCCCAUACCCAGGAAAGAGCAAUUUAUGUCUCUUGAAGGGAGAAUCAGCAUAAGCUCAUCUGAAUCCAUUUGGGUUUUGUGUAUAUUUUAAGAAUGAAGAUUUUCUAUUUUCUUUAAACAUCCUCCCCCCUUUUUUUUCUAUAAAAGGUAUUUUGUAUAUAGAGGUCUUUUAAAAGUGAAAAUGCUACAGCAAUGCAAAAUGUUAUUGUUUGGUGUCCUUAUAACAACCAAGAGAUUCACAGUUCAGAUGCUGCCCCUGGGAACAAGGAAAACACAGCAGAUACAAGUAACACAUCCUGUGCUUCCCAAAGCUUGGCUUCAGAAAGUGUUGAGUUAAUAUGACAGAAACCUUUUUUUGUGUUUUGUAGUGGUUUUCCUGUAUAUUUUAUUAUUUCUUUUACUUCUAUUAAACAGCAAAAAAAUAGUUAAAGAAAUUUAAAUUGCAUGUUUAUUAUUAAAUAAGUCAAUAACUAAUAUAUACUUACAAUACCUAGGAACUACUGAAUAUUAGCUAUUACAAUUAUGUUGAUACUCUGACAAAGAGGUUUCUGUGAUAAAUCACUUUCCAAAAAUCAUGCAGAACUAAAGAUAGUUUGACAUGAUCCCAGUUAGAUAUAGAAACAUUUGUUGAGCUCAUUAAUAACCUUCAGUACAUUCCCCAAUUCUGCUUUAUUCAAAAGCUAUAUAGUACUCACAACUGGCAUCAAUAUAUUUUUCUCUGUGCCUGCUCUUCAUAAUAUGCAUUCUACAUAAUAGAAAUUUUUGUUUUGUUUUGUUUUUACUGUUUAAGGCUACUGUCCUACUAAUUUUAUGAUCCCUUAGGAUAAUAUUGACCUGACAAAUGGAGUUUGGAAAAGCAGGCCUCCAUUGCUAUAAGCCUAUGAUAAUCAUUAACCAAGAGUGGGCCACCGCUCAAAUUUGGAAAGAGUGGUUGGGAGAGAGACUUCCUUGAUGUUAACAAUUCUGACCUAUGACAUGCUGGCCAAGAUAGAGAGGAAAGAAAAAGUAUGGUUUUAUUUUCUAAGGAAAACACACAAGAAGAUUCUGAAAUACCACAUGAAAAUAGUUUAGGAGGGCCUGUCCCAAACUAACAAAAUUAAGAAGAGCCCCGGUAAUCGAGAAUCUGUUUUAUACAAAUUUUAUUUUGUAAUGAAGAAAAAUUUAAACAGUGAGUUAUUAAAUAAAGCUUUUAACAAACUAAA